CUAUACCAAUACACUCUCUUUCAUCCGCUACAGUCCAACCAUGAAGUCCUUCGCAGCAGCCACUUUGCUCCUUGCAGCCCUCGCAGAGGUUGCUCAGGGUCACUACAUCUUCCAGUACCUUACCGCCAACGGCCAGAAGGGUGGCCAGUAUCAGAACAUCAGGCCCAACACGAACAACAACUCUCCCGUCACCGACCUUGCGUCCACCGACCUGCGCUGCAACGUUGGAGGUGCAAGUGGAGCCUCAACGACCACUGUCUCAGUGGCAGCUGGCUCGACCGUGUCCUUCACCGCCGAUCAGGCUGUUUACCACCAGGGACCUGUUACUUUCUACAUGACCAAGGUCAGCAGCGCGGCCGCUGCAGAUGGGUCUACGGAUUGGUUCAAGAUCAAGGAGAUUGGCCCUACGUUCUCCAACGGCCAGGCUACAUGGGACAUGAAUGCCACAUACUCCACUACCAUCCCCACUUGCGUUGCUGCUGGCGAGUACCUCCUGCGCAUUGAGCAGAUGGCCAUCCACAACCCCGGCGGUCUUCCUCAGUUUUACAUCAGCUGUGCUCAGGUCAAGGUCACGGGUGCGGGCUCCAAGAGCCUUACACCCACUACUAAGAUCCCCGGUCACGUCAAGGCUACUGAUCCCGGCUACACUGCAAACAUCUACAACCAGUUCACCAACUACACUGUUCCAGGCCCCAAGGUUGCGACUUGCUAGGCUGGUGUAUUUACACGUGUGAGUUUGUGCUGCAGAGAUGGAACAGAGUGCAUGAUGUUGUGAAUCACCAUUCACAUUCGUUGUACAUAUUUGACACACUCAUAUAUCUGAAUCCAACAUUUGAACUUCCUCCCAUACUUUCGACGCCACUUGAAUCCGCUUGGACCUUGCUCAUUUCAUUUGCAUUUGAC